UAAUGCUAACCAGCUGUACAGCUAGCCUCGCCGGUUAUCACUGACAGUUGUUCACCUUGCGUUUUCACCAGCUAACUUUCACUGUUAUUUACUUAACUGCUUCCGAGCUGCAUGACAGUGGCUGUGCUAAGUGUUACUGUCUUGCAAAACAUUCAUGCAGCUGAGGCGCUAAAAUGAGAGACGGAGUGUGUGUCGUGUGACUCAGCUCUUGUGUAGCCAUGGAAAAGCCCUGGAGGCUGUGGGGGGCAAUGGAGCGUUGUACACUGACUCUGGCCUCCUGGUCCUGGGGUGCUUGUCGAGUCUCCCUCUUGGCCCUCAUCCUCACCUUCCACCUGUACGGAGGAUUCUUUCUCUUAGCUCUUAUCCUAGCCUCUGUGGCAGGCAUCCUCUACAAAUUUCAGGAUGUGCUCCUCUACUUCCCUGACCAGCCCUCCUCCUCCCGCCUUUAUGUUCCAAUGCCAACAGGAAUCCCACAUGAGAAUGUGUACAUUCGCACCAAGGACGGUGUUAAGCUAAACCUCAUCCUGCUGCGCUACACAGGAGGGGACACGCCUCCUGGAGUCACCCCUGGCAAUCAAAGCAGCCCCACUUCCUCUGCUCCACCUACUAUCCUUUAUUUCCAUGGUAAUGCAGGUAAUAUUGGUCACAGGGUGCCAAACGCCCUGCUUAUGCUUGUCAAUCUGAAAGCCAACGUGGUGCUGGUGGACUACCGCGGCUACGGAAAGAGUGAGGGUGAGCCCAGUGAGGAUGGGCUGUACCUGGAUGCCGAGGCCACGCUGGACUAUGUCAUGACCCGUCCUGAUCUGGACAAGACGAAGGUGGUGCUGUUUGGACGCUCACUCGGGGGUGCUGUGGCUGUGCGCUUGGCGUCGGUUAAUCCUCACCGUGUGGCAGCCAUUAUUGUUGAAAACACCUUCCUCAGCAUCCCCCACAUGGCAGCCACACUCUUCUCCUUCAUGCCCAUGCGCCUGCUGCCCCUGUGGUGCUACAGAAAUCAGUUCCUGUCCUACCGACAGGUGGCGCUGUGCCGCAUGCCCUCGCUGUUUGUGUCUGGUCUGUCGGACCAGCUCAUCCCACCAGUCAUGAUGAAGCAACUGUAUGAGCUGUCUCCUGCACGGACUAAACGUCUGGCUAUCUUUCCAGAGGGCACACACAACGACACGUGGCAGUGUCAGGGCUACUUCGCUGCUCUGGAGCAGUUCAUGAAAGACCUACUGAAGAGCCACGCCCACGAGGAGAGUGCUCAGCCCUCAGCUAGUGUCACCAUUAUCUGAAAUAAACAGUCAUGGACUGACUGUUGACUACAGAUUUUGGGCUGGAGGAAAUGAAUGGGAAUUGAUUGGAUGGACUUAAUUGAUUUUUGGGAAGAAUGUACAUUUUUUAUGCUUUUGUCUGGGUUUCUAUUUUAUUUCACUCUUUCUACCUUUCUGUAAAUGUAACAUAUUUGUUAAAAUGAUUUGACUAUUUCAAGGUUUUAAGAGAGGGUGACAGUGCUCUCAUGGGUUCUUUUGUGUUGCAGCUAUGAAUGCAUGUAUUUAUGACCUUAAAUAAUGAAGCCAGAGCAUACAUGCCCACACUGCAAGACAACCAUGUCACAACCACAAAAUAUUUGCCGUAAUGGGUCUACUGAAAUUAAUUAAAAUAACCGAAACAGUUGCUCUACGUAAGGUGACCAUGUUAGGACCUACAAUAUUACAGUAAACACUGUUUACUACUGGUAUUAAAAAUACACCUCAAACAAAAUGAAACACUGCUAAUAUGUAGGCCUAAACUGUAUAUAUCUUUGUUAAUACAUUACAUUGCACUUUUUUGUUCAGAUUUACCCAAGUAUUGAGUUCUGUAGGCAAAUAUCUUCUGAGCAAUACUGUGAGGAGUAUAAGGAUGUUUUAUUUCUCCCCUUUAGGUGAGGAACAUUCAUAUUUAGAGUCCUUGCAGCAGCUUGGCAUGACAUUGUAGUGGUUAAUAUUUAUAUAUACCCUUACAUUUUUGUCUGGCACAAUAGCAUAAAACUUCUGCUGUUGAAUAAUUACAUUCAGCCAUAAGAACGUGUUGGCUGAGGUUAAGUGGUCAGUAUGAUAACGUUGACAUGUUUGCUACUUCCGCCUAUCAAAACAACUUGAUUUCCUGUCUGACUCUUUCUGUUCUCGAUUUUAAUAAGCUACAAGAUAUUCUCCCCAUCACUGUGUCCUGUUAAAACACAGCAGUCUGGUUGCUGCUCUGUGUGUGGUUUGUUAUUGAAGGAUGGAUGCGGAUUUCUUCAAGUCUGUCUUAGUACAACACCAUAACACGUGCCCUCACGUACACUGAAAUAUUAUUGGUUGCUGUAAUUCUCCUGUCUAUACUGAUCGUAAAGGGAUAUGUUUCUAACGUGAAUUCAGUGUAAUCCAAGAAGCGAUGGUAGACAAAAUAGUCCUCUUUUUCAUUCAAAAUAAAAAUUCCAAAAUUGAGCAGAAGCUAAUGUGAGGCUUCAGCAGUUGGAGUACGAUAAAUCAAGUGGGUAUUUUCCAAUUCUAUGAAGUAGAAAAUGUCCUCUAUGUGUAACUGUUCCUCUAAUCUCUAUAAACAGAUUCUGCAUAUGUGUGCAGAAUCUGAAGGCAACUGAACAAGAUUUUGAUGUCGGAAGUGUAGUGGUUUCCGCCUGUACUUGGUUUGUCGUCUGAGAGGCGGAAUGCAUUGGACGAAAUGUAACCUCGGAAUCCAUCAGCUAUUGUCUGACGAUGAGUUAGCUUUUUUUAAUUCUUAAAAUUUUUUUGAAAACUUUUUAACUGCGUUCAUAUGCAAUGAAUGAAUAGAGAUAAGCCAGGAUGACCAAGGCACAGUAGAGUAAGUCUUGGCCCUGAUAUCCGCUGGCUUCACUGGAUCAGCCCAAAAUAUUGCCCCCUGCCGCCAGAGACUUAACGUCCAACUGAUAGCCGAUGGAUAUUAAGAUUGCUGUUUCUCCAUCCAGAUCAACAAGGAAACACAGUCUGGCAAAUUCCAAUAGAGAUUUUGUGAAGAAAAAACUUUGCCCUAUUCAGACUGAAACCUCAUAUUUAGAGAACUGGCUUUUAUCCCCAUCUCUUACACUCUAAUUGCACAAGAAAGGGAUUUCUGAAUGACCAGUGUCGACAAGAGGGGCUAUAACAACAACCAUUUGUCAUACCAACACACACAUAUUGGCGCAUGGGUAUUGUAUCAAGAUAGUCUUGAAAAAAACAAACCUACCCUUUAAGAACUAAAAAUAAAGUGUUUUUAAUCAAAGGUUGUGAUUAUUUGUUUGCUAUUAUCAGCACCAUAAUUAAUUAAUUGGACGAUCCUGUGUUCUCGUCUCACCCCGUGCUUGUGUGGCAAAAUGGCUUUACUCACUUGGAGGGCUUUUAAUGAGCUAAUUAACCUUUCCUGCAUGUCUUCCAGGGGGUGGAGCAGAGCCUGACGAUUAAAUCACCGUUCUCUGCUCCCGCUUUCCAAAUGCAGCAUGCUGCACUGCAGUGGUCUUAAAGCCAUUUGAAUACAGAUCUCCUUAGCCAUAUUUGAUACAGUUUGUCAACAGUUUGCGCGACGAAAUUUGACAAACAUCGGAAGACCAAAUUUGUUUGUGUCCAUGUGAACUUGAAAAAAAAAUACUGGUCUAAAUAAGGCUACUAUGAAUGUAAGUUGUGGUCUUAAAUUAACAAGUGUGCUUUACAAGAAAUAAUGUAUAGAUGGUCUUUUCUCCUUUUUUUUGUGUGUGACUUUUCGCCUCCAUCGGCACCGAACAGUUUCAGACAUUUUGUAUUAUAUCAAAUCCAUAAGCUGAGUUAGAUUUAUCCCAUCAUAUGUUGUGAGAGUACACCGUGCAAACAUGUGAAUAUACACUUGUUUUUUUCCCCUCACGUUUUGCUUUGCACACUUCUGCUGUUUGUUUCAUUCAAGAAAAGAUUUAGGAACUUUUCAUCUUUAAGUUGAGUUAUUGUUUUUCUGGCUGGCCUAAAGCGAAAUUAAUAGCAACGAGAAUUUGUGGGUUUUUUUGCUAGCCAAAUGUAUUGUUAUUGUCCGACACCCUGUUGAUGAAGUGGAAUCAAACUGAAUGUCUCUUCUUUUUU